CCGUGAGCUCGGCGUGAGCAUGGCGGGUCCGCGCGGAGCCGUGACCGGCUGCAAACGGCGCGUGGGACGGAGCGAGGAGCAGCCGCGGGGCGGGAAGAGGAACCGGGCGGGAACGGGGCAGGAGAAGAAGUCGUCUCACUUGUCCGCAGCGCUGCUUGGUGAGGACUGUGAGAUCAGCCUGGAGCAGCUGUCCGAGCUGUUACAAUACGCUGCCCUGGGGAGACGCCACAACGCAGCUCAGCCAAGCUGGUGCCAUAUUUAUCACCAAAGCCACCUGGCUGGGGUUGUGGUUAUUGUUCUACACGAGCUGAGCCAGCUCCAUUUCUACAAAUUCUAUUUGCAGUUCAAACACCUCCGAAGAGUUUUCCGGCACAGGUUCACGUUACCACCUCCUCCAUCUGACUUCCUGGCCAGUCUGUGUGGGGAAGGAGCAGGCCCGAAUCCUCCAGGCAGUGCACAAGGCCUGAUUUCCGCUGGCGUUGAAUGUAUUCCUAAAAGCUCAGGCUUGGAUUGUGAUCCCAUCAUCCGGAAAUAUGGCAAAGAAAGACGAGGCCUCACGAGCUACACUCUAACUUCAGAAGAGCUGAAAAAGAACGAUUAUCCCAUGAGAGAUUCCCCUGAAUAUAAGGGUUAUAUGUACACAGAGUGUGACCUUCAGAGGACAGACAGCAGCCCCCUCUUUGGUCUGGACUGCGAAAUGUGCCUGACUGCAAGAGGGAAUGAAGUCACUCGUGUCUCUUUGGUGGAUGCAGAGGGGAAGUGCCUUCUGAAUGAACUAGUCAAACCAGAAAGCGUGAUAGUGAACUACCGCACCAGAUACUCAGGAAUCACAAGGAAAAUGCUUCUUCCAGUGAAAACAAGAUUGCCAGACAUACAAACUAGACUGAAAAAGAUACUUCCCCAUGAUGCAGUAUUGGUGGGUCAUUCUCUGAAUGCUGAUCUUCAGGCUUUGCAAAUGAUCCAUCCCAGUGUUAUUGAUACUUCAUUACUUUUUGCCAGAAGCGAAGGCCGAAGAUUUAAGCUGAAGUUUCUAGCCAAAGCUGUUUUGGGGAAGGAGAUCCAGUGCGAACAGAGGCUUGGUCACGAUCCUGCAGAAGAUGCUAGAGCUGCAUUGGAAUUGGCUCAAUUCUUUAUUAAGAAAGGACCAACAAAGGUAGCAGAACUGAACUUGGAAAUGCUGCUGGCAGCUGAAAGGCAGACUGAAAUCUCACCAAACAAAUCUGUGAAGCAGCCACAGCAAUGUGGGGUCCAGAAGCAGCUGAAUGAUCCUCCACACUCAUCCAAACCAUGUAUUCUGGCCCGCUUGCAGGGGAUGGGCCAGAAGCCCCUCCUUUUGGGCAGACAGGAACUGGGCUCUUCUGGCCUUUGUCAGAGUGACCUCAGCACUUCCAACAAACAGAUUCUUCAGAGAGCCUUAGAAGACGUUCCCCUCUCCACAUUCAGUAUAAUUCAGUUCGGUUUGAAUCCAGAGUACUUUGCAUCUCACCAUCUUGCUGGAUUUUGCAACAAGGUGAGAAACAAGCUGACUGACAUGCUGACAAUUUACGCAGGUCCUUUUGAAGAAAGCUUUUGCCCAAAGUCUGUGAAAAAAGAAUUUGGAAAGUGUGGGCCAAUCCAGUCCCUCACGGUGGUGACUGAAACGUACCAGCCAUAUGUCUGCAUCCAAUAUGAUGUUCUGGAAGCUGCCCAGCUUGCUCUGGAAAGCCUAAAUGGAGCUGAGGUAGCGGGAUCCUGCAUUAAGGUUCAGAGACCCAUCACUGCUGCAACACUGGACUGUGAUGUUCUGAUAAAGGAACUGGAACAAGAUAUAGAAAACGAAGGUGUGAUUUAUGUGGCAGGAAUAAAGAAGUCAUUAACAGAGACAGAUUUGCAAGAAGAAUUCAGCCCAUUGAAAGACCUUGAAACUCUGUUCCUGCCAAAGGAUCUCCAAAGCGGAAAGCACAGCACCUGCUGUUACCUCAAGUUCCGGAAUUCGCACAGUGCGGCAGAAGCCAUGGAGGCCAUCAGUGGCUGGGCUGUGAGGGGCAGCGCGCUCAGGAGCAGACACGCUCUUGCUUCGGGUCACCUCUGGAGAUGGAUCUGGAAAAUGAAUCACAGCAGCGAAAAGCAAAGAGGAAACAAUUUGAGUGAGAAGAUGGCACCACGGUCUGACUCUGAGCAGGAUGUAAGGAAAGAGGUGAAGAAGUUAGACCACUAUAUAAAGAAGCUUUAUAGAAGUCUGCAGGAUAACACCUUGUGUGUUGUUCUCUUUCCUGGAACAAACAGCAUUCAUGGAUCACAGUCCGGCCUCGGUCUGAUGGGAAUAAAAGAUGAUGGAGAGAGCAGUGCUGGUUAAGCUGCCAAAUUUUUAAAGUCUUUUGUAAAGAUAUUCAGUUACUUAAAAUAUUGAUGUCUUUGUAAAGAGCCCUUGCUAUAGGACCAAAGGCUUUCACACUGUAUCUUUUAUACAGUCUCAAAAUAAAAGCUGUUCAAAACAUC